GAAGAGAGAAGAAAGGAAGAAGGAGAAGGCGAUGGGAAAGCAUCUGAUGAUUCAGAAUCAGCAUCUCCAGUUCAAGUUACAUCUGGGAAAACUGAUACAAGCUUAGUAAGAAGUAAGUCAAUUAACCGACAAAGAUUAGCUGCCUUUUCAACUGCUAUGGAAUCUAUUCAAGCUGAAGUUGAAGCUGUCGAAGAAGAUGAAGAUGUACCUCCUGGUGGCAUUCCAGCCAAAAAUUCGAAAGGCGAACAUCUGUUAUUAUUUUUAGGUAUAAUUGACAUUCUUCAAAGUUUCCGGCUGAAAAAGAAAUUGGAGCACACAUGGAAAUCUGUUUUACAUGAUGGGGAUACUGUAUCAGUUCAUCGUCCAGGUUUUUAUGCUCAAAGAUUUCAAGAUUUCAUGGGCAAGACUGUAUUUAAGAAGAUGCCAUCUUCUGGCCAGCAUCGCAAAUUUAAGACCAUGGUUACUAGUGUCCUAGCUUUGAAGCACUCGCCAUCAAAAAGAAAAGGUGUAUCUGUUAAACAGAAAACAUCUGUAGCAGCUGAACCUGAUCUUCUAAGACCCUAUCUUCCAAAAAUUCCAUCAGAGGCUGAAUGUCCACAAGAAGGAGUAGAACCCACUGCUCCAGCCCCAGUGCCUUUCCCGAGUACUUUUUCUGAAGUAGACAGCACAAAUAUUUCUAGUGAUUUAAAAUGUAAUACAUCUUGGAGCUCUAGAGGAAGACAAAAGAUACGUGCCAAUACUGAUCCUGUACCGCCAAGAAUGAUUUCUUUACGGUCAAGUAGUGCUGUUGGCAAAACGUCGUCUGUAACGUGGGAUAAAACAGAAGUUGUUAGUUUAUCUCAAGUUACAAUCCAGACUGAGUCAACAACAGAUUGCAUGUCUGAAACAAGUAGUUCUAGUACAUCUGGUAUUGGUUCCACAUUACAUACUGUUACCUGGACUCCACCACAUAGUGUUGAAGGUUCCACUCCAACUCAUACAGAGGGAACUCCCUCUUUCACUGAAUCUAGUUCAAGUGGUGAUGCAGCUUGCCCCACAACUCCAGUAAAGAGCAUAAAUAAAUCUUUGGACUCUCUCCCACCUUUGGGGGAAACUCAGAUAUUACAAGGUAGUGAAAUGUCUACAGAUCAGGUAAAGAUGCUUGUGUGAAGAAUUUCUAAAGAUUUAUGGAAAAUUUAGCUGUGACAUAAACUGCAUCUUCAUUUGCAGCAUUUGUAAAAUUAUGAAACAAAGAGUUGCUAAAAAUGUUAUUAAAAUUAUCUAAAAUUUGCAUUGUUUUUCUGUGGUAAAAUCAGCUGACUUCAGAAAAUUAAGGAUCCCCCCUCUGAAAUCCAUCCUGUAUUGCUAUUAGUGAGAAGCAGUUAUAGUGUAAAAAUUUGUAAAUAAUGAGAUUACCCCCAUGUAUGUAAUGGGCUUUCAAUAGCAUUUUCAUUUAAGUACUUAAGGUAUGGGUUUAAAAAAAUGCAUGCAUGCAUGCAUGUAUAUAGUUGGUAACAGUUUGUGCUGAAUUAUAUUAAAUUUUCAUGUUCCUAUUUUAAGUUGCAUUUUUAAUAAUUUUAGAAAGAUAUAUGAGUUGUGGAUAAACUGAUUUAUGAGUAUAUAUAUAUAUCAGUUCUUCCUGCUUUUCCCUCCUUUGUGUGUGUGAUAAAUUAUGAAUGCAUAACAUAGAUUCUUUGACUUUGUACAUGCAAUAUGUUUUAACAUAUCAUGUAUAUAAUGUAAAAUAUGUAUUUGUUGGAUUCCCUUGUACCUAGUGAAAUUUUGUUUUUGGAAUUAACAGAUUAGAACAAAAUUAUACUGAAUUAAUUUAAUUUAUACUUCUUUGAUGUUUUGACUGUCUAUUAUUAUUUUUCAUGUUCAUGCAAAAGUUCGGUAAAUACUUAAAAUACUUUGAAUAAUUCUGUUUUUAUCUCUGAUUAAAAGAGAUUUAUUUGAAUUUGUUUAUUUUCUUUUCUCUGUGUUAAUUUUGAUUUCACAAAUAUAUUCAUAUAGCUCAACUUGUCUUAAAUUAUUACUGUCAUUUUUGUUCCAUUAUUCUUUAUUUCAAAAUUUUGUGCUUGUAUGAAGGAAUGUAUUAAAUUGAAAGAAAAUUUGAUAUAAUUUUAUCUACGCAUGGACAAAUAUGUUUAUCCCCUUUCCUCCCCUCAGUUUUAAUUGUGGUUGCAAACUGGAAAAAAUUAUCUGCAAUAAAAGGAGAAACAAUAGAAUAGUUUUCAUUCUUGUAAGUUUUCUAUGUUAAUAUGUGUGAAUUUACGCAUCUGUUGGAAUAAUUUAUUUUAAUCUUAAAAAUAUUGAGUGUUUUUUAACUUAAGUUUAUCCAGAUUUAAUUUUUCUGUAUUUAUACAUAUGCAUUUUUUAAUAUUGUGUGUCACAUUUGCAGUGUAAAGUUUAAUUAUUUUACUAGUAGCAUUGUGGUAUUUCUCAUAUGUUAUGAUUUUCUAUUUUAUACUGAUAGUGUAAAAACAUUUUAAUACUUUUUAUUUAUGUAAACAUAAUUUUCUUCUAUUAACAUUAUUUCAAAUGUGCAUUAAAAUAAAUCUGUUUUUCCAAAGUAUGAAAAUUUGAGCAUUUAUCAGAUUUUAUAUUUCUGUUAUGGAAGAUAGCUUAGUUUAAAAAAUACUAUCUGUCAAUGCGUAAUUCUGUUUGAGUGUUUUUUGAUGAACUGAGCAUUUUUUUUCUCUAUAUAUUUAUCGCAUUUAUCAUUUCUUAGGAGAAGACCAUUGAUGGAAUUGUACUUAAAGCAUUUUUAUAAGAUGUGUUUAUGUAUUUUUCUUGCAUACAUAUGUUAAACUGAUAUGUGUAAUUAAAGCAGUCAGUUACUCUUUAUCAUUUUCUAGAGAGAGAAAAAGAGACAUAGAAGUUACACUGGAAAAUGAAUUAUUUAUGACUAUUAAAAUUUAGGACUUAUUCAUCAUAUUAGGUAAAAAGCUGUUUUCAGCAAAAAGAGUACAUCUUUAUGCAUGCUUGUUGCAAAGUAUGGUGUCAUAACUUGGUUUCACAAUUUUAUAUGUAUUGCAUGUUUGAAAAUUUAAUUUCAAGUUUUUUGUUUUUUAAGAAACUGUUCAUAGAUAUCCUCCAAGUGUAUUUUGUUGAAUCUUCUUUAAUUUUCUGUGUUGUAUGAGUUGCACAUAGGUAUUGCAUGAAAGAGUAUUUUAUCACAUUAUUUGUACUUCUGUUUUUCCAAUUAAUGUUUUUGAUAUGAAAUUGUGCAUAAUUUAUAAAUGCAUAUUUUAGUAUUUAUUUGUUUUGAGAUUAAUAUAUUGUAUAAAGUAAAUUUUGUUUCAUUGUUACUGGUAUGAUGUGUUUUCCUGCGGCUCUGAAUAUAUGUUUUGUGGCUGUUUCUCUGUUUGUGGUUUUUUAGGCACUGUUUAAUGUGCCUCCUUAAACUCUAAAUGUUUGUUUUCAUAAUUGAACUUUUUAAUAAAUUCUGUCUUAUAUAUUCCACAUAUUAGAUUGUUAUUGAAUUAUGUACACAUAAUAUUAUAUUGGUUGACAUAAAUUGCUAUUUGGCUAUUAAACUAGCUUCUUUGGUCUGUUAAACAUUAUGUAGUAUAUCUUCAUGUAUAAAAUUUGAGCCCUGUUUAAGACUCUUUUGGCGGGAGUUGGUUUUCUUCAUCUCUAAUGAAAUAGAAAUCAAAGACCUUUGGUCCUAUUGUUCUGGUUGUUCCUUUUAAUGUUGAUAUGUUAUCUAUAUAGUAAUAUUUGAUAAAUUAAGGUUGAUCUGUAUAUAUUAUUCAGUACUGCAAAAUAAAAGUUGUAUCAUGUACAUAAAUGUUAAUUAAUAAAAAAACUUUUAUCAGAAAAGGCAAUCAGAGAAUAUUGAUUGAAAAAUUUAAGCCUGUUUCUUCUUGCAUGAUAAUAUAGUUAAAUGAUUUGGUACUUAUGUUUAAUAAAAGCUCAAACCAUCAUGAAUGCUUCUGUGAUUCAAGCUGAGUGUUCUUUAGCUACCUUUUAAGAUUUUAAAAUGUAUUGCUUCAUUAAAAAGUGUAAUCUUUUGUAAAAGGCAAGGCUAUAUUUAGUUCUGGAAGUGUAACCAAAAGGGGAUGUCAUGUUUUAACUCCAUCCUAUCAAUUUCUCAUUUUGGCAGUCUAGAUUUCUUUUUAAAAAAAAUUCAUUUCAUGUGUUUCUUCUCUUCUUCCAUUUUUUUAUUAGUCUCGGGGACCUUGAACCUGAUUUUUCUUCAAAUCUGUCAUACUGGACAGUUUGCCAGAGCGUAAAACGUUUUUCAAAAUAUUACAUGAUCUGAAGUUUCGUAGCUUGUGGAGUAACCAAUCAAAAUUAUUAUUUACCAUUCUAUGGAGGACUAGAAUAGUUGAGAGAAAGGAGCACAAGAACAGAUUGGUCUACUGUGAUGCCUAGAAAAGCAUAUGAAACUGAAAAAAAUGCCCUUUUCUGUAACAUUAAAGGUCUAACCUUUUCGAAUUGUGUUUGUGUUUUAGUUUGUUCUGUUUAAAUUAGUUACUUUUAUCCAACGCUUUAAAGAAGUUAGGAAGUUAUUUUAAUUACUUUUAUCCAACACUUUAAAAAAUUAUAUUUUUUGUUGUGUCUUGUAUUGAGAAUAAACAGCAUUUAAAAAGAAAGGCUGAGAAACUGAUACCUAAUUCCCCUUCAUUUGUUAGGUAUUCAUUCUGAUUUGGUGAAAUAACCCAAAAUAUAAAUUCUUGUAGGUUGCAUUCUAUGCACUUUUGUUUUAUGUUGUGCUUUUUUAAUUCAUUGUGUCAUCUUUACCCUCCUUCAGAAUUUUUUUUUUUCAUUCUCCUGGGAUUUACAAAUUUUAAUUAAAUUAAAAGCUAGCUACUGUAUUUUAAAUAUAAAUAGCCUACACAUGUGAAAAUUAAAAAUAAUUUCAGUAGAGAAGUGAGCAUCCCCCCCAAGUGCAAAGUGUGCUGUUUCAUGUUGAUAUAUAUUCUUGUAUUUGUUAUGCUAUAUAACAGGGUUGGCCAAACUUCAUGUCAGUAAGAGCCACACAUUUGAAUUCAGGAAUGUUCGAGAGCCACAUCUAGAUUUUCUAAAAGCCACAAGUUCAUAUUUACAUCAUUAUAGAAGUAGUAGAGGAGGUCUUAAAUAGAAUGAAAUCCCUGAUAACUUUGUAAAAAGAGUCUAAACUAAUUAAUUACUUCCUUUUUGGACACUGAAUAGUUUUAGUUUGCCAUAUUUCAUACAUAUAUUUUAUAUGCAUGAGCCGCACGAAUUGCCUGCGAGAGCCAUUUCAGGCUCGCAAGUCGCACUUUGGCCACCCCUGCUAUAUAAAAAAUUGGAAAAUGUAAAAUCUUCUGGCCUAAACUAAUUUAAUUUUUCAGUUAAAAUUGAUGAACAGAAUAUUAACCAUCUGCAUUAAGAUUCCAGAAGAAAUGCUACGUAGUGCCAGUAAUAUAUUACUUCAGUACUGAUAGUAUAUACAGAGUCUACUAGUUUAAAUGUCUUUGUGGUUCAGCAAAGAUUUCAUGCUUAUAUUAUCUGCUGUGAAUGAGUUUGAAUUGCAUUUUAUAACAUAAGUUUUAAAACUAGUUUGUGAAAUUUAAAUUUGUCUUGUAAUUCCUGCUUCCCCCCCCCAGUUAUGGUCUAUUAUUUUAUUUUUUUGUAUGUUUGAUGAGUAGUAAGGUCUUUUUGUGUGUGUUUUUUUAUUAUUAUUAUUAAUCAAAAGAUUCCUUGUGCUGAUAUUUAUUCAAAAGGAUUUAGUUGCAGUUUCAUAUCUGAUUAUUGAAUAUAUGAUGUGAACAAACUUUCUUUUUAGUUCUUACUAAUAGGUGUCUGCUUAUCUGUACUUUUAAAUUUUAUCAGUAUUCCUUUUAAUUUGUUUCUGUCUUGCACUUACUAACUGUUUUCCAACUAACAGUAUGCUGUAGCUUUAAUUUUUGUGAAACAUCAGAAGAAACACUUGCUCUGAGAUGGAAUGUAAUCAAAUUUUAAACAACAACACUUAUCCUAUUCCUGAUUAUUUUUAAGCGUUACUAGAUCUUGACAGUGAAAGGCACUGAACUUCUGAUUAUCUGCAUUAAUGAAAGCACAGAUGAUCUGUAAAUGACCCUGUGAAAUUGCAGUUAGUCUGAGCAUACCAUAAAAAAGAAGUUUGCAGUGAGAUUUAAUGAACACAGUGUUAUAUUUAAAUAGGAUGUCAUUUAAUUAUAAUAUCCACGUAUAUAUUUUGUUCUGAGAAAAAGUUUUUAAAUCUUCUUUUCCCAUAUUUUAGAGAUAUGUUAGCAUCUUUUCAGACAAAACAAUCAAACACCAUGCCAAAUUGUGCAUCUUCAAAAUUGAACUCAUUUCAUUGACCCAUGUAAUAUUAUAACUGCGUAUCUGCUCAUUCCCGUGACGCAUUUUAGUCAUCCUUAUCAUUGCACUUUUUCUGUUCAAUGUACUUCUGGUUCAUUUUGAGUCACUACUGCAGAUGCCUUGGUCUGAUAAAAUCAUGUAGCCUCCUCCCCCAAUCAACAUGUCUGCAUUUUCUUCAUUUUUAGUUUCAACCCCUUGAACAUGGUAAUAAUUUUUUAAAAGGUACUGUAACCAUUCCAUUGAAAAAAGCCUUUUACUGAGAAAAUCCCCCAGUUCAGUAACAUUCUGUUAACUCCAUUCCAAGCUUUAGCAAUGAGAUUCAGUAUAUGAAUUUCUUAUCAUGAAUAAGAGGACUUCUGAGAAGAAAUUCAGUCAUGAAUUUCUUAUCAAAAGUCAUUUCAUUCAUUGUGAUAAAGUAAGUCUUUUCUGUAAAGUAAGUCUAAAACACAACACAUAGAUAAUUAGAAGUUCAGUGUAGAGCAAAACUUGAAAUUCAUUUUAACAAUUUAAAACUGAAGAUUUAUUAUUGUCAUUAGUAAAUAUGAACCUUUUAAUCUAAAUAUUUUGAUUUGGCGCUAAAAUUUUAAAUUUCUCAUUCACUACAGAUAUUUAUGGUAUUUUUCAAAUUCAAAUUCUUACUUUUUAGAACUUGUUUAAAAUAGUUAUUUCAUUUCACUUCUAUUAUUGAAUACAUUGAUCAAACAGCAAAAUCAGUAUGAUUUUUUGGGGUUUGUUUAUCUUAGGAAAUAUACAAAUUUAAAGGAUGUUUAUUUGCCUUACUCUUUCUAGGCAUCUGCCUUCUCUGCUUACUCCUUUUUCUAUUUUUCCAGACACGCCUCUAGCGUGAUGAUGUUCCGUAGACAAUGUUUCCAGUCAUCAAUGAUGUAUGUAGUGUGUGCUUGCUGUGUAAUUCUGACCUCUGCAGUUUCUCUAACCUGGUGCUCUGGGUGCUACUUGCUGAGCAAGACUAAUCAAGACAGCUGUAGCCCUUUCUCAGCUGCCUGUAAUUCUAGUGAAUGUUUCUAAUGUUUAAUAUCAUGCUGUUAUUCAAAUAUCUUUGGUGUGAUAAGAAUUAAUUACGAAGCAUAUAGGUUAUACAAUUGAAAAUAUUAGUGCCUUUAUUGAGAUAGUGGACAAAAAUGUUAAAAACUAUUAUCAGUUUUUACUCCUUUUGAUUACAUGUGCAUAGUAUUUAAUGACAGUAUACAGAGUGAUUUUUUGUAAAAUUUCUAUUUGAAUUUUGCCAUUAAAUGACUUCUUGACUGCGAUUUCAUAGUUAUCAAAAUUUGAAUUGCGUAUGAUGCCUUUAAUUGUGUGUAAUUUAAAUUUUCAAGUUUAUAUUAACUUUGAGCCAGUAUUUGUGAUGUAUCUAUUUCAGUUUGAAAAAUGCAAUGUUGAUAUAUGCAAAAUAAUGCGAAUAUAUAUAAAUAUAUAUUUUUCACUCAAAAAUUCAAUUUGUGAUUUUCAGAAUGUUGUAUAAUUAAUUAGUGCCAUGCAGUUCAUAUUUUGAAGUAACUGCUAGCUAAGUGUUUGUUUUUUCUUUUAAAUUAAAUAAACAGAAGAAGCUUUAAAAGCAUUCUGAUUUUUAGAGUUUGAGAUUUUUUAAUAACAAAUGUGUGAUUUCAUUUAAAACCCUAUGCAAAAUAUUGUCAUUAUUUUUUUAGGUUAACUUCUUGUGUAAUUUUUGUAUAAAUAAAUCUAUUCAAAAUAUCAUUACUGAUAAAUUCUAUGCAGAUUGAAUGUACAAAUUUACUCAAUUAGAAUAACAUUUAUCUAAACGAGUACAUUUUUUUCCAAGCAGGUGUUUAUACAUUGUCCCUUAUACUGUUCUUGUGCUUUAUCAUUAUAGGAAGUAUGUGGUUAUUAUUAAAGAUAUGUUUAAAAUGUUAUCUUUUUAUUGUCAGAAUUACAUUACUGGUACUAGAUUAAAAAAAGAAAUGUACCAGAUGUAAAAGUUAGAAUUAGUUUAAAUUCUUUACAGUCUAUAAGCUGUUUAACUAUGUAGGUGAUUGGUUAAGAAAUGUGAUUUUAUAUCCUCCAUUGAGGGUCAUCUUUGCACUUGCCUUUGAGAACAUUCUGACUGUUAGGAAAUUGAAAAUAUGCCUUCAUGCUAGGAAAGCCCAGUUUUAAAAUGUAAACUAGGGGGAUAAAAAGAAACUGGUGUAGCCAACUUUCGGUUUAAAUUAUUUAACUGAAAGUUAGGGAGAAGUUAUUGUUUGUUCUGCAAAUUUAGCACUCUAAUUCAAUUUUUGUUUUUUUCUGUUGUAAUAAAUAUGCUGCAUUUUUUAUGUCUGCACUCUUGAAAAUAUUGAUAUAUUUUCAAGAUUUUUUUUAAUCAUAAACUCUUCUGUUUCCAAACUUUUUUUAAUAUCUGAUACACAUAUCCCUUUUACAUGAUUGCUUUAUUUAGUUGGCUGUAAUACAUAUAAUGUUUUUAUAUUUGUUCUGCUUAGUUUAGCACAAAAGUUUAUGGCCCCUUGUACUGUCUAAUGUAAAUUUUAAAAAAGUUAGUAUAUAAUGAUUGAUAAGAAGUACAAUAAGUGUUAAAUAUAUUAAAAAGAAUUGAACAGUGCUGUUCAAAAUGCUGUAAGAUGUAUUGGAAUUUUAAAGUCUGUUUAGUUAUAUAAGGUGAUUGUCUUUUAAAUAAAGCGGUAUAUAUUCUAGAAGAAUGAUUAAGUAGCAGUGUGUCAUAAAAUAAAAGGCUAUUGAGAUUUUAA